AUGGACAACCUGAAGCUUCAUGAAUAUGUCAGUGAACUGCAGGGUUUGGACAGCAGUCUGCUUCACUUCCAGGCCAUGCAGUCCCCGCCUCUCCACCAACCGACCCACUCUUCGCCACGUAACUCAUACACCCCUUCAUUGUCCUCUAGGCGCGGGACACGGUGCUCAGUCAACCACGUUCCACCAGAGCCUACAACAAUGAGGCUCUUAAAGGGAUACGACAAAAGCCUCCUGUUGCUGCUUCUAGGAGUGACAUGGUGUGGAGCAGGAGUGACGUGGGCCAAGAAUGCCACAUCCACACCUCCCUCUGCUCCCAAAUCAACCCCGGCAUCCACCAAAUCCACCCUGACACUCACACCCUCACCAACAUCCACACACAAAUCUACCUCUCAAGCUAAUCAAUCCACGCCACACCUACACCCACACCCAAGACUACACCUAAAUCCACGCCCACACCUACACCCAAGACUACACCUAAAUCCACGCCUACACCUACACCCACACCCAAAACUACACCUAAAUCCACGCCCACACCUACACCCACACCCAAGACUACACCUAAAUCCACGCCCACACCUACACCCACACCCAAGACUACACCUAAAUCCACGCCCACACCUACACCCAAGACUACACCUAAAUCCACGCCUACACCUACACCCACACCCAAAACUACACCUAAAUCCACGCCCACACCUACACCACACUACACCUAAAUCCACACCACACCCACACCCAAGACUACACCUAAAUCCACGCCCACACCUACACCCACACCCAAGACUACACCUAAAUCCACGCCCACACCUACACCCACCCAAGACUACACCUAAAUCCACGCCCACACCUACACCCACGCCCAGGACCACACCUACACUCAAAGCUACACGCAAUGCUACUGCCAACACUAGUACUGCCAGUCCCAAUGCACUCACAACUGCACCCAAAGCCAGUACUAGAUUUAAUUUCAAAGCCACACCCAAACCCAUUGCUAACACAACAAAAGCUACAACUCGAGCCACAACUAAAGCCAUUACCAACACUACAAUCCAAGCUACACCUAAACCCAUAACCGACAAUACAAGGAAAGCCACAACCAAACCCAUUACCAAUAACACAACCAAACCCAUUACUAACACAACUACCAAAGCCACACUCAAACCCACGACUACACCCACUACGAACACUACAAUCAAAGCCACACCCAAACCCACUAUGAAAUCCAUCCUGGCAGUCACUAAAGCCACAUCUAAGCCCAGCCCUGCAUCCCCAAAAGCCAGUCCUAAGCCCACACCUGCAGCCAUCAACACCACCAUCCCCCCGAUACGCUCCCUGGGAAAUCUCACCACCAGCAAUGCCAACACCACUGAAACAGCUACUGAUGUCAACUCCACCGUGACACCUGACAUCAGACACGGGAGUGCAAAACCCAUGAUGAUCCUGGAUGUGGAACCGGAGACAGCAGAAGCAGGCACCUCUGUGGAGAUCAGCCUGGAGGUAUGGGAGGCGGGUACCUUUAGAUACUUCAUUGAUGCUGGAGAUGGAACAUCUGUCAAGAAAGGAACAUAUAAUGAGGCAGAAGUGUUGGAGGAUCACACGUAUGAGAAUCCUGGCAUUUACACAAUCCGCGCCUGGGUCAUCAUCCACUUCAAGAUGUAUUACGCCAAGCACAAGCAGAUCAUCAUCACAGCACCGCCUGCCCCGUACGUCUGA